UUUUUAGCGGCUGGAGUAGGUUUUGUGGAGGAACACACCUUUGAGACAACUAAGUGGAUGAUCUACAAAUAUUUUUGGUGUUUAUUCUGCUUAUGGGCUGGAGUUUGUUUUAUAGAUUAUCUUCUGUAGUGUAAUUGAGUCUUACAAAUGUUUGUACAGAAACACCGGACUUGAGCAAUGCGACUGCAAAGUUGUCACGGGGACUCUCGUAGAGUUUAGAGUAAUGGACACUGAGCUGAUGGAAGUGAGAGAAGAACAUGAAGAGCUGUAUGAAGUGGAGGAGGAACAGCAUGAUUUCAUAACUGGAGAAAAAUCUUGGAGUGGCUCAAAGACAGAAAUUUAUUUCUCUCCAAAAAAUCCUCAAAGAAGAGUAUACAAGAAAUCUUUCACCUGCUCUCAAUGUGGAAAGAGUUUCAUACAUAAAGGCAAUCUUAAUAUACACAUGAGAGUUCAUACGGGAGAGAAACCUUACACGUGCCAUCAGUGUGGGAAAUGUUUUGCAUAUGUUAACUAUUUCAAGAAUCAUCUUCGCCAUCACACUGGAGAAAAGUCAUUUGAAUGUGAUAAGUGUGGUAAAACAUUUGUUCUAGCACAGUACCUAAAACAACAUUUGAAUACUCACACAAAUGAGAAGCCUUACAAGUGUUCAUUUUGUGGAAAGAGUUUUGCACAACUGUUCUAUUUUAAAGAGCACCAGAAAAUACACACCGGUGUGGCGGCUCAUAUGUGCUUUGAAUGUGGAAAGACCUUUACUACAGCCAGCAACUUCAAUCAGCACCAACUAAUUCAUACAGGAGAGAAACCAUACAAGUGCUCAUACUGUGAAAAGAGUUUCACUCGGUCAGAAAUCCUGAAAAAACAUGAGAGAACUCAUACUGGAGAGAAACCUUACAAGUGCUCAAACUGUGGAAAGCGUUUCAGUGUGUUAUACAGCCUGAAAAAACAUGAGAGAAUUCAUACUGGAGAGAAACCAUAACACUGCCCUUUAUGAAAAGUUCCUUCCCAGCAAGUGCUCUUUAUAGACAUGUAAAGUAGUCACAUUUAGUGGUCGAUCGAUAUGGAUUUUUCAAUGGCCGAUAGACUAAAAACUGUAUGUAUGUGUAUAUUAUAAUCUUGUUUUUGACACACAAUCUAUUUUUUCUAAUAUGUCAAAUGUUAAUAUGAGCGGACUAGUUGUUGCACGUUUAUGAUAUUAAUUUAAUUACUUUAAUAUAUAUUUUGGGGGCCAUCAGAAAAUGGUUUUGAGUUCCAGGGCUGAGAAAGGAUAUUAUAAGUAAAUAUGCUAACACUGUUCUACAUUACAGAGAAAUCUUGAUGAUAAUGAGCCUUUAAAAUAUCAAUUGUACAAGCGCACGCAUGAAGCGAGCCACAGUGACACCGGCAAAAUCGGUAAUAAUUCUGAAUGUGUUGGAAAAACCAGCAAGGAGGCCGUCUGAACAUUUUGUUAAUUGAUAGAGAGAAAUGUACAUUAGGACUGCACCGACAGAUGAUGAUCUCGGGAUUGACGAUGGUCAGAGUGAUCGCCAAUAGCUGAUGCCUUUGACGAUGUCAAGACGAUAUUUGGCUCGUUUUCCUAUUAAUCUAUUAAAUUAUUAUUAUUAUUAGACUUAUUAUUAUUAUUAUAAAAUUAAAAAUAAUUUGCCUGUAGACAUACAGGCAUGUGCUUAAAGAAACACUAUUAUAUUAUUAAGGACCGAUAACAGAAAGGCGUCCAUGCGCAUGUAUGACAUGCUGAUACGGAGGUAUGCUGUUUCGUGGAACAUGUGCAUGUAAAAGGUUCUCACUCUUUCAUUCUGUCUUCUGAUUUUUAUUUUAAAUUUUUUUGCAAGAACAGUAUCAUCUAUGAGUGCUGCAAAUAACCUCAGACAUUUAAUCUCAGGAGGUGCUUUGAGUUCAGUUCUCUUUAUUUCCACAGAGCAGUUCAUUGUGAAAUAAUACAAAAACACAUUCAUCUCGAACCAUGAUUUAUAUUUCAGUGAUUAUUAUCAUCAUCAUAAUUAUUAUUUUUACAUUUAUAAAUGUUUUUAUGUCUUCAUAUGUUAAGACAAUUGCCUGACGGUAAAUUGAAAGAUGGUUACUUGUAUAUCUUGAUGUACCUCAUGAUGAGUCUCUCAAAGCACUUCAUGAUGGUGGGUGUGAGUGUAAUGGCACAGUAGUCGUUGAAGCAGGUCACUAAAAACUUCUUUGGCACGGGGAUGAUGGUGGUGGCCUUGAAGCACAUUGGAAUGACGGCGCUACUCAGGGACAUGUUGAAGACGUCAGUAAGAAAAUCCACCAGCUGGUCAGCACAUCCUCUUGAGCACACUGCCAGGAAUGUUGACUGGUCCAGCAGCUUACACAUACAUCAAUGAUGAAAAGAAAUUCAAAUUAUAUAUUUAUAUAUAUAAUCUUAUCUGUGAGACAGCACAAAAAACAAAAGAUGACUGAAACAGGCAAAUUACUAGCAAUGCAGACACAGUGUUUGUCUUGUACAGUUUGAACUUAAAAAAUACAUCUAUCUUUUAAAACCAAAAAUGAUACAAUUGUGGGCCUAAUUGUGCCACCAUGAGGAAUUAAAGAGCAUUAGGAAUUGGGCAUGUCAAGUUGGGGAUAAAAUAUUUAGUUGUAGAUUUAAUCACUUGUUGACUUAUUUUUUUAUUGAGAUCAUCAUCUUUGUUUUAUUAUUAAAUAACUGCUGUAAGUCUA